AUGGAGGGGCAGAGUGUCACCCUGUACUGUCAAGCCACCUCCCACCCUCCCUCUGUCGUCUGGAGCUGGAGCAGGUUGGAUGAGCAGGGUGGGUGGCAGGAAGUGGGCAUCAGGUGAGAGCUGACCCUGAGACUGGCAAGGGAGAGUGGGCAGUACAUUUAGCUUCCUCUCAGCUCAAGAUGGAGAACAGCUCAGUUUGAGGAAAUGAUGAACGAUAAUGAGAUUUGUUCCAUUAGUAGAGAAUUACAGCUGAUGAGGAUGAUGUGUGGUAAUGGUGGUGUGAGAGUGACAAUGUACCAAAAUAAAAUAUAAUGUACUGGGAUGGUGCCUCUCACAUUAUCAUGUCAUUAUUCUGGUUUUAUAACAUUGGAUUGCAUUUAUCAAUAGUUUUAUAUGUUGCCGAACCCUGCUAUUCAAUGAAUGUAUCAAUAUUUGAUGCACAGUAGUACUUUAUAGCAUAGGUUUAUAAAGUAUUUGAUUUUAGUGUAAGCCUGUGGCACAUCAAUGUCAAUACAGUUCAAUUGAGUGUUCCUCUUCUUCCCUUAGGCAGUGUGUACGCAGGAGUGACAGGGUUGGUACUGGUUCUCCUUGCCGGGGUCUUACUGCUCUUGGUGCUGCUGUGGCUCUGGAGGCAGCGGGCCAAAGAGAGGGCCGGUCAAGAGACCCUGGCCACCAAAGGUGAGUGACACUGUCAAGUGUACUGCACUGUAUCAACAGUUCUGCCAAGUCUUGAGCUAUACUAGUAAUAAUUGUAAUAUGUAGGCUACUGUAGUUACAGGAAGUAAUGGGUUGUUAUUUAGACAACCCAAGUAAAGGCACUUCCAGGAUUUACUGGACCUGAAAAACCACCAAAGUAAGAGUAUGAUGAAGAAUCAUAUCUGUGUGUUUUACUUGUGUCUUCCUGUGUAUGAGAUUAUAAUUAGCUGAUCACUAUGUUGAUCAUGUGUCUGUUGUCAUCCACUAGGGGGAGGAGUCAGCCCCAGGCCCAGGCUGGGGAUGAGGGAGAAGUCUACAUGAACUGUGAUGAAACCAACCAAGCCUACACCGACCUGUACCCCGCCUACAUGACAGGGGAUGAUACCUACGCCACCUUGGGAUGA